CAUGAGAAAUCCCUCGUUCUUUUCAAUACUUUUUUUCGUUGUUGCUUUAGCAUUCAGCUCGAGCCGAGUCGUAGUAUGUCAAAUUUUGGGUCAGUGCCGCUCGGGCUCAGCGCUCGACAGCCAAGUCAUUGUGUUCGCUACGAAUUUCGAGUACCUCGAAGGUGAGAUGUUCUUGUGGGGUGCCCUUGGGAGAGGGAUGGACUCCAUUGAUCCAACUUUAGCACGUGGUGGGCCACCCCCUAUUGGUGCUCAAAGGGCCAACUUAGACCCUAUAGUUCGUAAUAUCAUUGAGGAAUUUGGAUAUGAAGAAAUUGGACAAUUAAAAACUCUUAUUCAGGUAUCUGGUGGAUUAGGUAUUCAAAGGCCAUUGUUGAAUCUAAGCAAAGAUGUAUUUUCGGAUCUAUUUGACAAAGCUGCUGGUCGUCGACUCAGCCCUCCAUUCGAUCCUUAUGUCGAUACCAUCCAUUUUCUUCUCGCCGUUAACCUUUUCCCGUAUCUCGGAUACACUGGCCUUGUUGAAGCAGCCCCAUUGCUCCUCUUUCUCGAAUCUCGUAAGCUAGCAGCUAAGCUGUUGAGUGCAGAAUCAGGACAGAGUGCUGUUAUGCGAACGCUGCUGUACGAGAGGGCAAACGAGACUGUGGAGCCAUAUAAUAUGACAGUGGCUGAAUUCACCAACCUGACCUCGACGCUGGCGAACCAGCUUGGUAAAUGUGGGCUCAAAGACGAAGGGGUGGUGGUGCCUCGAUCGCUCGGGGCAGAGAAUCGAACGGAGACCAACGUCCUCGCCACCGACGCUAAAUCACUUUCGUAUAACCGCACAAUACAAGAGAUCUUGCGGAUACUAUAUGGAACUGGUAGCGAACGAUUGCCAGGUGCUUUCUUUCCCAAUGGUGCUAAUGGGUCGAUUGCAAGACGCUUCCUCCGUGGAGGCAUCAUAUAAGAGUUCGUAAUAGUGACGACCGAAUCAAUAAAUCCCAACGAAUAGUGGGUUUGUCUCGAAUAAUUAUUAUGUGUAAUAAAUUAAGUCUUAAUAAUAUAUCAUCGAGCUCUCUCAAA